AUGAAGCAUGGGAUUGAAGACCGGGUGUUUGGUUUGACUACAGAUAACGCAUCAAACAACAAGAUAUUCGUUGAUUCGCUCCAGCAAGCUUUAUCGGAUGGUAUUCCUAUUAUCCGAAUUCCGUGCCUUGCACAUAUUAUCCAGCUUAGCCUGAACCAGCUUCUUGGUCAUAUUAAGGCAGUCCCAUUAAAUGACACAGCUGAGACAAAGUGGACAGAGCAACAGUCUUCAAUGGCCCAGGCAAACGCACAGCACCAGGAGCGAGAGAUCUCCUACAUAUUGAAUAAGAUCCGCUAUCUUGCGAUCUACGUGAGCGCAAGUCCUCAGCGUCGGGAGACAUUCUAUAAUCUCCAGACUAAGGAGCCAAAGCUCAUGCCGAUCCAGGAUGUAAAGACUCGGUGGAAUUCAACAUUCCUGAUGCUUGGUCGUGCAAAGCGGCUCCGCGCUAUCUUUACACCCUUUUGUGUUGAGUAUGAUCGUGAGGAUUUAUUACUUAAUAAUAAAGAGUGGCGCCAAGUCGACUAUCUUCUUUGCAUCACUGAGCCAUUUUUUGACUAUACUACUCAACUUUCAAAGACUCGACAUGUCACUGCGCAUUAUGUGUUCAAAAUUUACUACAAACUUAUUGAACAUCUUGAACAGUCAAUGCAGCAGCUCCAGCGAAAGCGCAUCCCAUGGAAAAAACAUAUGCUUGACGCACUUGAAGCUGGUCGAUUAAAGCUGGAUCAGUAUUACUCUCAGACUGAUAAUGUUCGAGGGCACAUCUAUGCAGUCAAUACAAUGCUUGCGCCUAUUAAUAAGUUUCAAUUCUUUCUGACUGAUGAUUGGGAUCAAAAGUGGCGUGAUACUUAUCGCAAAUCCUUUGCAGAAGCUCUUGCUCCAUACCAAGAUCGGCUUUCUAAUACUUAA